CACUGUCUCGUUGUUUUUUUAAGUUGUGUGAAAAUUUCCGGCGUUUGCUACUGAAAUGUCGAAAAAUAUCUAGUGUUUUAUUAUUUUUAUGAUUAAUUUUAAGUUCCAAUUAUGAUUAAAUAAUAACUUGUAGUUUUAAAGAAUCAAGAUGUUCUUGUACCACCUAACGUUACAACGUGCCACCGGCGUUGUCCAAGCCGUCCAUGGCAACUUCAGUGGAGGUAAAACUCAAGAAAUUUUGGUUUCUCGAGGAAAAAUACUUGAAUUGUUACGACCAGAUCCAAACACUGGUAAAGUACACACUCUAUUGACAGUUGAAGUGUUCGGUAUCGUACGUUCUAUGAUGUCUUUUCGACUUACCGGUGGAAGUAAAGAUUAUAUGGUAGUUGGUUCAGAUUCUGGUAGAAUUGUUAUCUUGGAGUAUAAUCCAACGAAAAAUAUGUUGGAAAAAGUUCAUCAAGAAACUUUUGGUAAAAGUGGAUGCCGUCGAAUUGUACCUGGGCAAUAUCUUGCUGUUGAUCCGAAAGGGCGAGCUGUUAUGAUAGGUGCCAUUGAGAAGCAAAAAUUAGUCUAUAUUUUGAAUCGUGACGCUGAAGCGCGUUUAACUAUAUCGUCACCGUUAGAAGCCCAUAAAAGCAGUACUUUAGUGUAUCAUAUGGUUGGCGUCGAUGUAGGUUUUGACAACCCUCUAUUUGCUUGCUUAGAAAUAGAUUACGAAGAAGCGGAUAGUGAUCCAUCUGGAGAAGCUGCUCUAAAAACUCAUCAAACUUUGACGUUUUACGAAAUGAAUUUAGGUUUAAAUCAUGUCGUUCGUAAAUACAGCGAACCGCUCGAAGAACAUGCUAAUUUUUUAAUAUCCGUACCGGGCGAUAAAGAUGGCCCCAGUGGAGUACUUAUUUGUUCGGAGAAUUAUCUAACUUAUAAAAAUCUCGGAGAUCAGCACGAUAUACGAUGCCCUAUUCCUCGAAGACGAAAUGACUUAGACGACCCAGAACGAGGAAUGAUAUUUGUAUGUUCAGCUACGCAUAAAACCAAAUCAAUGUUUUUCUUUUUACUUCAAACCGAGCAAGGGGAUAUUUUCAAAGUAACUUUGGAAACUGACGACGAAAUGGUUACCGAAAUUAAGCUAAAAUACUUCGACACAGUUCCUGUUGCUACGUCUUUAUGUGUUUUGAAAACUGGUUUCUUAUUUGUCGCAUCAGAAUUUGGAAAUCAUUAUUUGUAUCAAAUUGCGCAUCUGGGUGAUGACGAUGACGAACCUGAAUUCAGUUCUGCUAUGCCCCUCGAAGAAGGAGAUACGUUUUUCUUCGCUCCGAGACAGCUACGUAAUUUAGUUUUGGUUGAUGAGAUGGAAUCUCUGUCGCCUAUACUGAGUUGCCAUGUGGCUGAUUUAGCUGGAGAAGAUACUCCUCAGCUUUACAUGGCUUGCGGUCGCGGACCUCGAUCUUCUGUACGAGUUCUACGACACGGAUUAGAAGUAUCCGAAAUGGCUGUUUCUGAACUACCAGGUGCUCCCAAUGCUGUAUGGACUGUCAAAAGACGUAUUGAUGAGGAGUUCGAUGCCUACAUUAUUGUAUCUUUUUUAAACGCUACGCUGGUAUUGUCGAUUGGUGAAACCGUAGAAGAAGUCUCUGAUUCUGGAUUUUUGGGUACGACGCCCACUUUAUCGUGUUCUGCGUUAGGUGAAGAUGCUGUUGUACAGGUAUAUCCUGAUGGUGUCAGACAUAUAAGAUCAGAUAAAAGAAUGCACGACUGGAAAGUCCCUGGUAAAAAGAAGAUAUUGAAGUGUGCUGUCAAUCAACGUCAAGUUGUGAUUGCUUUGACCGGUGGUGAAUUGGUGUACUUCGAAAUGGAUCCGACUGGUCAAUUGAACGAAUACAAAGAAAGAAAAGAAAUGGCUGCAGAUGUCGUAUGUAUGGCUUUAGCAAAUGCACCUUCUGGAGAACAAAUGUCCAGAUUUCUAGCAGUGGGCCUGGCUGACAACACUGUUCGAAUUAUUUCUUUAGAUCCAUCGGAUUGUCUUUCGCAAGUAGACACACAAGCAUUACCGGCCGCUGCCGAAUCAUUAUGUAUUGUAGAAAUGGGCGUUGGCAGCUCCCAAGAACCGCAAACCAGCAACGGCAUGAACGAAGAACCUGUCGGCCCUUCUGUACUAUACCUGAAUAUAGGAUUAACAAACGGCGUAUUAUUACGUACGAUAUUAGACAGCGUUACUGGUAAUAUCGGCGACACCCGGACGAGAUAUUUGGGUACGAAACCGGUUAAAUUGUUCAGAAUCCAUAUGCAAGGCAGCGAAGCUGUAUUGGCCAUGUCCAGUCGUACGUGGUUGAGUUACUAUUACCAAAAUCGUUUCCAUUUGACGCCUUUAUCGUACGAAAGUCUCGAAUACGCUUCCGGUUUCUCAUCGGAGCAAUGUCCCGAAGGCAUAGUAGCCAUAUCGACCAACACAUUGCGUAUUCUUGCUUUGGAUAAACUCGGAGCGGUAUUUAAUCAAAUUUCAUUCCCUGUUCAGUACACUCCGCGUAAAUUCGUCAUACACCCCGAGACGAAACACAUGAUAAUCGUCGAAACUGAACACAACGCGUAUACGGAAGAAACGAAAAAACAACGUCGUAUACAGAUGGCCGAAGAAAUGAAAGAAGCCGCCGGCGAAGAAGAACAAGAGCUGGCUAAAGAAAUGGCUGACGCUUUUUUGAGCGAAGACCUACCGGAACAUUUAUUCGGCGCUCCGAAAGCUGGACCUGGAAUGUGGGCUUCGGUAGUUCGUAUUUUGGAACCGAUCGAAGGCCGGACUGAAAAAAUCAUCAGUUUCGAGCAAAACGAAGCCGUCGUUAGUAUCGGUUUAGUCAGAUUCUAUACGUAUCCGGAUACAUUAUUUUUAGUACUGGGUGUGGCUAAAGAUUUACAGCUGAAUCCUAGACAAGUCAAUGGUGGAUUUUUGUACACCUAUAAGGUGAAUUCCACGUGUACUGGGUUAGAAUUCGUACACAAAACUCCGGUCGAUGAAGUCCCAACAGCUAUAUGCGCUUUUCAAGGUCGAGUUCUAGUUGGCGUCGGCAGAUUACUGCGAUUGUACGAUAUUGGUAAAAAGAAACUGUUGCGUAAAUGCGAAAAUAAACAUAUUCCUAAUUUAAUCGUGAACAUCGAAUCGAUGGGUACGCGUAUUUACGUUAGUGACGUUCAAGAAAGCGUCUACAUGGUUCGAUAUAAAAGAGCGGAAAAUCAGCUAAUUAUUUUCGCCGACGACACUCAACCACGAUGGAUUACAACGAUGACAACUCUCGACUAUAAUACGGUCGCUUGCGCCGAUAAAUUCGGUAACGUCGCUGUUAUAAGAAUCGCUAGCUCGAUAUCGGAUGAAGUAGACGAAGAUCCGACCGGUAAUAAAUCUCUAUGGGAUCGAGGAUUGUUGAACGGAGCUUCGCAGAAAGCCGAUUUUAUCUCCAAUUUUCACGUCGGCGAAAUUUGCAUGUCCUUGCAAAAAGCUACCCUUAUUCCUGGUGGUAGCGAAUCCUUGGUGUAUACCACGUUGAGUGGCACUGUCGGAGUAUUCGUACCGUUUACCCAACACGAAGAUCAAGACUUCUUCCAGAAUUUAGAAAUGCAUAUGCGAGCGGAAAAUCCACCGUUGUGCGGUAGAGAUCAUUUAUCCUUCAGAUCGUAUUAUUAUCCGGUUAAAAAUGUCAUCGAUGGUGAUUUAUGCGAACAAUAUAAUUCGAUCGAAGCUGCUAAACAGAAAAGUAUCGCAGAAGAUUUGGAUAAAACUCCCGGUGAAGUUGCUAAGAAACUAGAAGAUAUGAGAACUAAAUACGCGUUUUAAGGGUAUUCGAUGAUGAAUCAGAUGUAUCUGUAAAAUGCCACCUCGAGUUCGGUUCCGAGGUGUGGAUUGAAGUAACGUUGAUUUUUGCACGAGUUAGUUUGUAGUAUAUUUUUUACAUGGCUCGUUUUGUAAAUUCGAAAAGAUCGUUCGAUUUUGAACAUUUUGUCUUAUAUUCCUUCUCUGAGUUCGUAAUUUUAUUUGUAUUGGUAUUUUGUAAUUUUUUGUAAUAUAUUGGUAGAAUAUUAUGCAUCGUCGUAUAUUAUAGGUUUUUAAUAAUGA